GGAAUGAGACCACGUGAUAUAGCGGGGCGGUCGAACUAGCGUGCAAGCCAUUUUGGGAACAGUGUCAGUUUCUACUGCUAUCAAGUGCCGCUCUAUGCAUAGCCUACUGCUUCAUAGGGGUCGAGCACGGAGCAAACCGAUAACCUAUUUGGACCGGCACUGUUCAGAAUCUGUGUAAAGUUUCUGGAUCUUUUUCUAUUCGUUGAGAAUUUCGCCACUGCCAUUGAACAGCAUUUGUAGCUCGUUCCAAGAUGGCCGCUUGGGUUGCAUUCAUAUUUUUUCUGAUCGACUUGUAACUUUCAUUGUCCAUCACAUACGGGAUAAAACCCGUUAGGAUUUUACAAUUUUAGAACAAUGCACAGAACAACAAAAAUCAAGAUUACUGAGCUGAAUCCACAUUUGAUGUGUGUCUUGUGCGGUGGAUAUUUUAUCGACGCAACCACCAUUGUGGAGUGUUUACACUCAUUCUGUAAAAUGUGCAUUGUUUGUUAUCUGGAGACCAGCAAAUUCUGUCCAAUUUGUGAUGUCCAGAUUCACAAAACGAAACCCCUUUUGAAUAUUAGGUCUGACAAGACCCUUCAAGACAUUGUUUAUAGGUUGGUACCUGGGCUUUUCAAAGAUGAAAUGAAACGAAGGAGGGAUUUCUAUGUUGCACAUCCUUCUUUUGAUGCUGGAAAUGGAUCAAAUGAAGAGCGAGGGGAGGUGGCAGAUGAAGAAAAGAGAAUAAUAGCCAACGAUGAGAUUAUAAGCCUGUCCAUCGAAUUUUUUCAUCAGAGCAAGCUGGGAAAGGAGGAUGGUGAAGUCAAGGAUAUGAAGACAGAGAUGAUUGACAAGCGAUACUUGCAAUGUCCAGCAGCCAUGACCAUAAUGCAUCUGAGGAAAUUCCUUCGAAGUAAAAUGGAUAUUCCAUGCACCUAUCAGAUAGAAGUUAUGUAUGAAGAUGAACCAUUGACGGAUUACUACACAUUAAUGGACAUUGCACACAUCUACACUUGGAGAAGGAAUGGUCCCUUGCCAUUGAAAUACCGGGUACGAACAGGCUGCAAGAAGAUGAAGAUGAGCAGCCCAAGAAACGGGGCAAAAACCACACAACAUGCUGGAGGAGUAUGCUAUGACUCUGGGACUGGGGGUAACAAGCAUCUGAACAAUGACCCCGAAGCUCCCUCCACCUCAUCCUCCUCUCUGCCCAGUCCGAGCCACAGAAUUGUCCACUCAUCAUCAUCAUCACUUACCCACUUCCCCCACCUCUCCAGCAUUGGCACCUCAACAAACGGUAUCUUAACAAAAGCGGGUCCAAAUCAACUUUCCCGGACAUUCACGCCAACAUAGACUGUAGAUACUUUUAUUAUUGUUUCAAACAUUUGCCGUUUUUAUAUAAUCCUAUGUGGACAAUAUAUUUGUUCAUUUGUCUAAGAAAGACUGUGGAAAGACUUAUUGAAUUUGCUCAAUGGCAUCUGCAGAUCGAAUUUGAAAUGGCUAGCCCAGUAAUGUGCCAUGUGGUUUGGAAUGUGAAAAAAUAUCACGUUUACUUCAAACCUGGACAUUCCAAUGAUUCCUAUAACUGAAUUGCCAAAUACUGUAGUUGAUUGAAAUGGAAAUGUGGUUUUGGCUUUGUCAACUUCAUUUGUCAACACACAACAAUAGUUGACAAAAAUAGUUGACUAUUGCCCUCUGCAUACAUGUAAUGGGGAAUUGAAUAAACACAACCUGAUUGUU